AUGGACCGCAAGCGCAUCAACGACGCCCUCGACAGGCACCUCCGGGCGGCCACGGAGCGGUCGUCGCCCUCCACCUCCCGCGCCGCCGCCAAGCCCAAGCCGCCCUCCGCCGCCGCCCCCAAACCCAAAGAGCAGCUGGAUUCGGACAGCAGCGAGGGGGGCAGCGCCGGCGGGCCCUCCGAGGCGGACGACACCUUCUGGAUCAACUGGUUCUGCGCCAUGAGGGGCAACGAGUUCUUCGCCGAGGUCGACGACGACUACAUCCAGGACGACUUCAACCUCUGCGGCCUCAGCGCCCAGGUCCCCUACUACGACCACGCCCUCGAUCUCAUCCUCGACCUCGAGCCCGUCCAGGGCGAUGUGUUUGCCGAUGACCAGAAUGAGCUGAUUGUCGCGUCCGCGGAGAUGCUUUACGGUUUGAUCCAUGCCCGGUACAUCUUGACCACCAAGGGCUUGGCUGCCAUGCUGGAGAAGUUCAAGAACUGCGACUUUGGAAGGUGCCCCCGCGUGUCCUGCUCUGGCCAGCCCUGUCUUCCAAUGGGGCAGUCUGAUAUCCCUAGAGAGACCAAGGUGAGGGAACGGCUGGAACUUGAGAGAGAGAAGGUGACCAUUGAAGCAAAGAGAGUGACAAUCAAGACGAAGCAAGUUGGGCUUGCGAAGAUCAUCAAGGAGUCGAGGAUCAUGUUGGGCAACACUAGCAUCAUGGACGACAAUGUCAAGGAGUGGUUCUGCAUAAUGCAAAAAGACAUCAAUGCGCACCAUGAAUAUUGA